UGGAUUUAUAUGUUUGUGAGAAACGUAUUGGAUAUUGGAUCUUGUUCUGCGAAGUUUACUUAUCUGAAGGUCGUAUUUGGGACCGGUAUUAGGUUUCCUGUACGGCACUCACUUCUUAUGCCGUGAUUUUAUUUGGAUUUUAUGGUGUUUGGAUAAUAUCAAAAAUGACAGAUUGGUUUCAUAGGAAUCAUUUGAAGGCUACUGCUAAGUUUGAUUUCGACUUUGGUGCAGUCGCUAGAGAUUUAAGCUGCAAAACGCUAUGCAGUGAAGCUGCAAAACGUCGUCUUGAGCUUCUCAAACUAAUAUCAAAUCCUUCAGUACCAUGUGAAUCAGUUCUAACCUCCGUAAAUCGAUACUUACAAUUAUUGAUGGGAUUCAUUAUUGCAACUGAUAAUAAAACACCAUACAGUAAAUUAAGAGAUCUUGUUUGUGUGAAAUGGUGUGAUAGUAUAAAACCAAAGGGUGAACCAAUUGUUCGUUCAGAUGCUAUCUUUGAAUUAUAUUCAAUAAUUUUCAAUGUUGCUUUAUGGUAUACUAAACAUGCAGCAAAAGUUGCUUCUAAUGAAAAUGUUUCAGAAGAUGAAGCUAAGGAUGUUCAUUUAUCACUUAGAACAGCUGCUGGAUUAUUUAAUUUAUUACGAACAAAAUAUUUGCAUGAGUUUACAGGAUUUGUACAAAACAGUGAUCUAGAUCCGAAUAUUUUGGAUGCGUAUAUAAAUCAAUCUUUAGCGGAGGCUCAAGAAAGUAAUGUU